UGCUUAUUCAUACCGUUGAGGAAUUCACUGACAGAAUGAUGGCAGUUAUAAAUUCAUUUCUUCUCAUCUCAGUGGGUGCUCUUCUCCCUGCAGUUCUGGCCAAUAACUCAUUCAGCUUCUUCGAUGCCCUCUCUUCAGCUACAGCUCAGUACAACAAGGACAGCCUAGAGGAAAAUGCAUUUAAAGCACUUGGUGAACAUCCCCUAGAAGGAGAGGAUCUUGCAUUUUCUAUGGAUGGACUCUCCUAUGUUUACAAAUUGUCUUUUACACUUGGGGAGACGGUGUGCUCACGCUCAGAGGAUUACCAGGAAAAACAAUGCACCUUCAAGGAGAAUGGCAAGGUGAAGAGAUGUACUGCCACUGUCUCUGUCCUGAGUGAACACCCUAGCCAGGCAGCCAGUGUGGAAGUGAACUGUGGUAACAAAAAAGAGGUACCAAACAACACUAUUUCUGAUCAACUGAUGGGAAACAUUGAAAAUGGAGCACAAUGUGCAGCAUUAUCAUUUCUCUAGCAUUGUUUUAGGUAAAACUCAGACUGCUUUAGAGGUCAAGACAUGUCUUACAACAUUCAUACUGACAUUGGGAACCUAUGUAUUGUAUUGACACAAAUAAGGGUCUGUGAAACCAGAAAGAUCUAUAGGCUGAUUGUUAAAUUGUGUUCAAAUGAAACAACUGUGACCAAAUGUUCUACUGCUGCCAAGUGCCAGACCAAAUUUUAAAAGACAAAGUAAUGUUAUCAAAACAUGAAAACAUCAGUUAUGUUAUGAAAUAAAUGUCCAGUCCUAAACAUAAAUGGCUUAUGUUGUUUACAAUGAACUGGAAUUACUCAUUUCAAAAUAAUAAACCACUGUGCUGCAAGGCAAUGCAAUAUACGGUACAUAUACUGCCAUUAAAGGAAACUGUCUUUAAAAUGAGCCAGGGGAAUAAAAAACAGAGGUUAAAACCUCUGUACAUUGAUAAUGGAAACUGUAUUUUGGAAAACAGGCGCAGAGUCUGGCAUAUUACAAGAGACCUACAUACAGUGGAACCACACUUACUACACAAACCCCAGUAAGAGUGGGAAUGACAGGGCCACAACAACUGGAAGAACUGACCUUGAGUUGUGGGAUGACAGCUGCUGUCAGCUUAUUAACAGUGUUGUAAACCCAAAUAAAAAGUUACUCUCUGCAUAAGCAACAACGACACCAAAACAUACAGUAUAAAGGCAGAAGACUUUGUACAGUGCAAAAUACUUGUGUAUUUUGUGUUAGUUAUCCUAAUGAGAUAAUAUUGUUGUUAAUGCUUUGAAUUUUAUAGAACAUUCAAGUUUGUACAGUGUUUUUCAAUAUAUGUAUUGUAGAAGAAAAUAUUAAAGCAAUAUUAACAAAUACACUUUAGCAUUCACUACAUUUUAAUAAUAUAUCAAACAGUUAAUUUGCUGUUCAGCAGCAGUGCUUAUGCAUAUUUUUUUUCUACUCAUAAAUGUUUAAUACAUUUGUCAAUAGAUUAAAAAAACAUAAGGAUUUGCAGAUUUAAUACUGCUCAUUAGUUGUUCGGACGUGUAAUCAAGUGAAUAAUCAAUCUGCUACAGUUUGACUUGUUAAAUCAGAUAAUUAUUCCUACUGUUUCAGCAGCUAUAUGAAGUUACUGGAUCAACUGGCUGAAGGAAAACUAUUAAAAUCUCUGGGGUCUAAAUGAAUGACCUUACUACAGUAUGUAUUAAGUGUCUCUAAAUGGGCGUAUUUACAUUAUAGAUUAUUGGGCUGUUCUUUCAAAAUCAAGGUUAUUCAUAUGAAAAUCUUUAAUCAAUGACAUAAGUUAUAUGUUACAAUGUACACAUGCACAAUAUUUUAAUGCUGUAUCUCAAAUAAAUAAACGUCACCAAAAGGAUGGUGCACAAUGUUUAUGAGGUAA